AUGAAGAUCUUCCUCUCACCUCCAGUUUUGGCUGCAUCUGAGUGUCCUGCACUACCCCUUGCAACCUCUCUCUCCCUCCCAGACGACAGCUUGCACGCUCCCCUCGUCUCCCUCUCGCUGACCCGCGCUGGCGACCCCCAAUGGCCGGCGGGCACCUCUGCCCCGACACGGCCAUGUCUCCCACCUCACCUCCCUUCUCUGGUAACCCUACCCGUGCCUACUAGACGCGCACGGCACCACGGCGCCUCGGAGACGCGCCCUCAGUCCUUGCCCGAGCCCACCGACGCGGCACAGCGACGCCCAGCCGUCCUGUCCUUUCGUCGAGCGCCUGGCAGACCCCCGCCCCGUCUCAUCCCUCCUGCCUGCCUCGCUGACCGACGCGCGCAAACCUCCAAAGCCGCGGCACCGCCUCGCAGGCGCGCAGCAGCACCGCCCUGCUCGACCAACCUCUCGCUGCCGCCCUUCUCCACGUCGGUGCACGGACCGGGUGCACGGUGCACCGGCCGUUCCCCUUUAAAUACCGCCCAACCCCCUCCCUUCUCUCAGUUCCUCGCCACAACUCCCCCAGACCACCACCACAACACCUCCUUGGGCGGAGAGGAGCCCUGCUCCUCCCUGCCGUCGAGUUCGCCGCGCCGCUGUGUUCCCGUGGCGGAUUUGGUGAAGGUCGCCGACGCAGACGCCGCCGUUUCUUCCCCUCCUCUUACUCAUUUGACGCGCCUCUCUUUUCUGGAGCUAAUGCGCCCCCUCUUGCAUUCCAGGGACGACCGUAGACAACGCCGCCGUGAACAGCUGCUCCACCACCGUCGAUCGCCGCCGGGAAGGACGUCGCUGUUUCGCCCGCCGCCACCCUCGUUCGGAAGCCCCUGCUCCGCCGCAUCCGACGUGCCCCACCUCGCCUUCGACAGAGCCCCGAGGUGA